AUAGAGGAGAAGUCGGGACCUAGCAAAACAAGUAAACUUGAAGUAUCUCAAAAGACUUGCGCAAUCGGUGGAGGGGAUUUUUAACCGGUUUUAAGACCGAAUUUAUAGCUGUAGCUUGCAAGUAACAUAACAUGAGCCCACGGAACCCACGUGGCUCAACGUCCAUUCCUUCUACUACCUACCAGCCUUCUCUUCCCGCUACCGUUCUCUGCUACCAUCAAAGCUUCAACCUUCCCCAAAUUAACAACAAGCCCAGCGGAAACCAGAGACGGAUUCCAAAAGCAGUUGUGGAAAUGGAGAUCAACAAGAAAGGGGUUAGUGAAAUUGGGGUCCAUGACAUUGUCAGGGCAGGCCUUUCCGUCGAGGAUGCUAGGAGAUUCCAUCACCUGCUAAAAAAUGCAAUCUUUUUGGCAAAUGGGUCGAGCUCUGAACCUGCUGACCCGACAGAAGUGUGGCGGAAGGUGGUGGGCGAGAGGGUUCUCCAGCCAUGUCACCCUCAUAAGCUCCACCAGCUGGUUUACUACUCUGUUUACUCCAAUUGGGAUUCCUCCGUUCGUGGACCUCCUCCUUACUGGUUUCCUUCUCAGGAUGAGUCAACCCGUACAAGCUUGGGACUUGCAAUGGAAACUCAUGGACCGAAGUUUUUAGGGGCUUCUUACAAGGACCCCCUUACAAGUUUUGACCUAUUCCAGAAGUUUAGUGUCAUAAACCCUGAGGCUUAUUGGGCAAUCGUUCUAGAAGAGCUUUCGGUGUCUUUUCAUGAAAAGCCAAAGUGCAUUCUUGACACUAGUGACAAAUCAAAACCUGGUGGAACAUGGCUGCCCGGUGCAGUUAUGAAUAUUGCUGAUUGCUGUUUGCAGCCUGGGAUUCGUCCCUUGAAAAAUGACGAUAGUGUAGCAAUUGUAUGGAGGGAUGAAAUUGAUUCCUCUGUGGUGAACAAAAUGACGUUGAAAGAGCUCCGACAACAAGUAAUGUUGGUUGCUAAUGCUCUAGACACAACAUUUGUGAAGGGGGACACUAUUGCCAUCGACAUGCCUAUGACAGUUCAUUCUGUUAUCAUCUAUUUGGCCAUUGUAUUUGCAGGUUACGUUGUGGUAUCAAUAGCCGACAGCUUUGCUCCGAAGGAAAUUGCAACUCGUUUGCGCAUCUCCAAUGCCAAGGGCAUCUUCACACAGGACUUCAUUCUCAGAGGAGGUCGGAAGGUUCCCUUGUACAGUCGGGUUAGUGAAGCUAGGCCUCAUAAAGCGAUUGUGUUGCCUGCGGUGGGUAAUGACGUAGGCAUUCAGUUGCAAAAGCAGGAUCUUUCAUGGAAAAAGUUUCUUUCCAGAGCCAACCACCUUGAAAGACCCAAUGUUUACUCUCCUGUUUAUCAACCAGCUGAUUCGAUGACGAACAUUCUGUUUUCAUCUGGGACUACAGGAGACCCUAAAGCAAUUGUAUGGACACACCUUUCACCAAUUCGAUGCAGCAGCGAUGCUUGGGCUCACGUUGAUAUUCGAGUUGGUGAUGUCUACUGCUGGCCUACAAAUUUGGGUUGGGUCAUGGGACCUAUUUUGCUCUAUUCUUGCUUCUUAACUGGUGCAACUCUUGCUCUCUUCCAUGGAUCUCCCCUUGGCCGCGACUUCGGGAAAUUUGUUCAGGAUGCUGGUGUUACUGUCUUAGGAACUGUUCCAAGCUUAGUGAAAACUUGGAAAAACUCCAACUGCAUGGAAGGGUUAGACUGGACACGAAUAAGGUCCUUUUGUUCCACGGGAGAAACUUCAAAUGUUGAUGACGAUCUUUGGCUCUCUUCGAAAUCAUACUACAAUCCCAUUAUCGAAUGCUGUGGAGGCACUGAACUUGCUUCAUCCUAUAUCCAAGGCAGUGUGCUACAGCCACAGGCUUUCGGAGCAUUUAGCACGGCGUCGAUGACAACAGGACUUGUUAUCCUUGAUGAGGAAGGGAUUCCAUAUCCAGGUGAUCAACCUUGCGUAGGUGAAGUGGGUUUGUACCCCGUGUACCUAGGUGCAUCUGAUCGACUGCUCAAUGCUGAUCAUGAUGAGGUAUACUUCAAGGGAAUGCCGAUUGUCAAGGGAAUGCAACUAAGGAGACAUGGAGACAUCCUGAAGAGGACUGUUGGAGGCUACUUCAUUGUGCAGGGCAGGGCAGACGACACCAUGAACCUUGGUGGGAUUAAGACGAGCUCGGUGGAGAUCGAGCGUGUGUGUGAUCGAGCUGACGAAGGCAUCCUGGAGACCGCUGCAGUGAGCGUGGCACCACCGGGAGGUGGCCCAGAAGUGUUGGUGAUCUUUGUGGUGCUGAAGAAUGGGUUUAAUGGGGAAAGUGACAAGUUGAGAGUGAAGCUCUCAAAAGCCAUCCAGACCAACCUCAACCCACUCUUCAAGGUUGGACAUGUUAAGAUCGUCGCAGAGUUUCCCCGGACUGCUUCGAACAAGUUGCUGAGGCGAGUUCUGAGGGAUCAAAUCAGGCGGGAACUGCAUGGACUAAGCAAGUUGUAGAUAGUUGCAGAAAAAAAAAUAAUACACAUGUUGUCACUUUCUUGGAUGUUUCAACUGAAUAAUACCGCGGUUAUAUAAUGAGAAUAAUGAAGAACAUCAUUUGAUUCCCUGUAGC